AUGUCAAGACUGGCCGAGCGAGCAUGGUGGCUGUACUUUUUGGGAGACUCCAUCAACUGUGAACUGUUUGAGGAGGCGACACGCAGAAAGCCGAGAGCUGUCUUCUCAGAGGACUCCAGAGGCACUGGCUGUGCUCGACUAGACUUGGUUACCUGGGACUCCGCAAUACUCGGCUGGGACUCGCAAACCGGUGUCGACUGCAUUCCUGAGGGCGGUUUGCUUUUGGCUGCCCUGCCUUGA